CUACUAGAGGAUGAGAUGGGAGCAAGAGAGCCAGACAAUCUGAUGCUGGAGGGAAAGACUGUGAUUCGGGUCUGGCCUGGGCAUAAUGUCUCUCCCCACAUCUGCUCUACAGACCUCCUGGCCACUAACCGCUCUACCAUCUUCCUGGGCCCUCGGGGUAAAUUGGAUCUAAGGGCUCUGUACCUGGAUGAGUAUCGGGACCGGCUCUUUCUGGGUGGACGGGACACCCUCUACUCCCUGCGGUUGGACCAGGCAGGGCCCGAUCCCAAGGAGAUCUUAUGGCCUCCUCGACCUGGCCAGAAGGAGGAAUGCAUCCUGAAGGGGAGGGAUCCCUUGACGGAAUGCGCCAACUAUGUGCGGGUGCUCCACCCCUACAACAGAACCCACCUGCUGGCCUGCGGCACCGGAGCCUUCCAGCCUCUGUGCGCCCUCGUCGCCGUGGGCCACCGAGGGGAGCAUGUGCUCAGCCUGGACCAGGCCAGUGUGGAAGGCGGGCGAGGACGCUGCCCACAUGAGCCCGACAGACCUUUUUCCAGCACCUUCGUAGGCGGGGAGCUGUACACAGGUCUAACCGCUGACUUCCUGGGCCGAGAAGCCGUGCUCUUUCGCAGUGGUGGUGCCCGGCCUGCCCUCCGCUCUGACACCGACCAGAGCCUCCUACAUGACCCCAGGUUCGUGGGCGCUGCUCUGAUCCCUGACAAUGCUGACCGGGACAAUGACAAAGUCUACUUCUUCUUCUCCGAGGCAGCCGCCCCUCCCGAGGGGGGCUCCGGUCGGGCCAUCGUCAGCCGUGUAGGCCGCAUCUGUGUGAAUGAUGCCGGGGGCCAGCGGGUGCUGGUGAACAAGUGGAGCACCUUUCUGAAGGCGAGGCUCAUCUGUUCUGUGCCCACCCCUGGUGGCAUUGAUACCUACUUUGACCAGCUGGAGGAUGUGUUCCUGCUGUGGCCCAAGGAUGGGAAGAGUCCAGAGGUCUAUGCGCUCUUCAGCACCCUCAGUGCUGUCUUCCAGGGCUUUGCUGUCUGUGUAUACCACAUGGCUGACAUCUGGGAGGUGUUCAACGGACCCUUUGCCCACAGGGACGGUCCCCAGCACCAAUGGGGACCCUAUGGGGGCAAGGUGCCAUUCCCUCGGCCAGGAGUGUGCCCCAGUAAGACCACGACCCAGCCUGGCCGGCCCUUUGGAAGCACCAAAGACUAUCCGGACGAUGUGCUGCAGUUCACCCGGGCCCACCCGCUCAUGUUCCGAUCUGUGCUGCCCCGGCACGGGCGUCCCAUCCUCGUCAAGACUCACCAGCCCUAUCGACUUCUCCAGAUUGUAGUAGACCGAGUAGAGGCGGAGGAUGGGGCCUAUGAUGUCAUCUUCCUGGGCACAGAUGCAGGCUCUGUACUCAAAGUCAUAGCUUUCCAGACUGGAAAAUCUGUGCAGCCCGAGGAGGUAAUUCUGGAAGAGAUGCAGGUGUUUAAGGUACCCACCCCCAUCCUGGAGAUGGAGAUCUCUGUCAAACGGCAAAUGCUGUACGUGGGCUCCCGACUGGGCGUUGCCCAGCUUCGGCUGCACCGGUGUGAGACUUACGGGAACGCCUGUGCCGAGUGCUGCCUGGCCCGAGAUCCCUACUGUGCCUGGGACGGCGACACCUGCACCCGAUACCAGCCCAGCUCGGCUAAACGCCGCUUCCGACGGCAGGACAUCCGGCACGGCAACCCGGCCUUGCAGUGCCUGGGCCAGAGCCACGGCGGGGAUGUCAUGGGGAUCACGGAGGCCACCGUGGUAUUCGGCACAGAACACAACAGUACCUUCUUGGAAUGCCGGCCCAAGUCACCCCAGGCCACUGUGCACUGGUUUGUGCAGAGACCCAAGGAUGAGCAGCCAGACCAGGUGAAGACAGAUGAACGAAUCCUCCAAACAGAGCAUGGGCUACUCUUCCGGAGGCUUAAUCGCCUUGAUGCUGGCACUUACUCGUGUAAGACCCUAGAACAUGGAUUUGCCCAGACGGUGGCCAGAUUGGCCCUGGAGGUGAUAGGGGCUGAACAGUUGGAGGGCCUGUUUCUCCGGGAGCAUGGAGAAGAGGAGUCUAUCUCCAAGAAUUCUGCUUCAGUCCCAUCUCGAGCAUGGUACAAAGAUAUCCUCCAGCUCAUUGGCUAUGCCAAUCUUCCCCGGGUAGAGGAGUACUGUGAGCGAGUAUGGUGUGUUGACCGUUACCGACGCAAGGGGAAGCAGAGCAAAAGCAAGACAUGGCUGGGCACUGACCUGGGAAAGAAGGCAAAGAGCCGAGCACAGGGAGAGCGCAAUCGGACCCCCCGGGAAGUUGAGGCUACGUAGAAGAGGAGGUAACUGGGAUUGGGAGCAGCAUUGUCCAGCUCUCCCAGAAGGAAACCUCAUCAGCUGCUCUGUUUUCUGUCUCCCCCACAUACAUAGCUGGGGCAAGGGUGACCAGAGCAUAGACUGGCCAUCUUGUCUAACACCCUGGCUUUUGCAGGGAACUGAAUUUCUGGUCCUUUGGUGCCUGAUAUUCAGGAAUCCAGGGGUUGAGUUUUGGCCUGGAGAUCCCAAGGCUUCUGAUGAAGACUGGGAGGCUCCUUUCCCUUAACCCUCUGUGCCAUGGCCCGCACCCCUUCCUGCCAGUGUCACCAGGGACUGCCAGAGCCCCAGGAGGCCUGCUCAUAUUCUGCCGCCUUUUGUUCUCUUUGAGAGGUGGGGUCUGAUUUUCCAAACACAUUCCCAGCUGUGCCCAGAGACGAGGGUGGUUUUGUUUUUCUUUCUCAGCCUGCAGAAUAAUAGCUAUUCUGAACAACUCUUAGGGUACCUGGGCCAAAAAGACCAGUCUCAUGUUGAGGUGGUGCUAGGUGGGUCAGAAGAGAAUGAUAUUCUCCCAAGGUUCCAUGUCUGGGGGAAGAAGACAGAAAGAAGAGAGCAAUGAAGCCCAAAGUCAAAUGCUUUUUCUAUUCCUGUUCAAUAUAGGAAAACUUAUAGCAGAGUCUCUGCUCACUGAAUCAAAUCUUCCUCAAGGAGGUUGGUGGGAGAGUGGAGACUAGCCUGAAAGAUGGGGAUGGUUUGAUGGUGGAGAGGAGAGCAGAGAAAAGAAAUUUAUUUUGAUUCAAUGCCAGACACAUCAUAGAUUUAGACCUAAAAGAGACCUAAAAAAACCAUCGAUUCCAAUCCCUCAUUUUAUAGAUGAGGAAACAGAGGUUCAGAGAGACUAAGUGAAUUACUUAGAAUUAUAAAGAUAGCAAGUGGCAAGGGUUUGGGUUUGAACCUACAUCCUUUGAAUCCAGAGCCAGCAAUCUUUUUUAUUGUACUACUACAUUCUAUACCUUUGCUUGUUGUACCACUGAGGCUUAUGGAAGAGAUGAGACAACACCCCUCAGGCCUAGCAAUCAGAAGGUCCAGGUACCUUCUGCUUUCCAUAUUCCCACUUCUUUGCCCCUUGGGAAAUCGCUUAAUCUGGGGUGCUUAGUCCCAUUUCUCUGAUAAUUAGCUGCCAAGAGAAAGUUUGGGGCAACAGAUGAAAAACCCCAGCUCAAUAUUCUCAGUUUCCCCUGCACCUCCAAAAAGCUAAUUCAGUUUGAGAGUGCAUUAAUAGGAUCCAAAUGCCCAGAAGGAAGGAGGUGAAGCCCUUUACCCCAGCUAGUCAGCAUCUCGAAUACUGUUUUCAGCUCUGGUUGUCAUAUUUUAGAAAGGACAUGGACAGAGCGGAGUAUAUGCAGAAGAAGGAUUUCAUCGCCUGAAGAAUAGCCAAAGGAACUGGAGAUGUUUAACCUAGAGACUUGAGGGUGGGAUGGGGGGAGGGCAAGAGAAGCAUGAUCCUGGUCUCUAAAUAUCUGAAGAGUUGUCAUAUGGAAAAAGGAUUAUUCUUCUGUGCAGCUCCAGAGGGUGGAAGCGACAGGGAGAUGGAUUUCAGAUUUUUAACUUGAUAACAAAUCGUUAUCACAAGAGAGUGAGCUGCCCUGUAAAGUGGCUUUUUUGGAGAUGUGCAAGCAGAAGACCAUGUCAAAAUCGUUGUCUGCGGGGCUAAGGAUGAUGGAUUGAAAAAUCGCCAAGCUUUCUGGAGUGCCCCCUCCUACCAUUGGGAUCUCUCGGUCUUCUGACCAGAUUCCUGCUCCUUUCUUCGGCUCUCCCUGCCCCACCAACUACCAGGAUUUCUCUAGGCUCUAGCAUCAUUCUCGGUAGUAAUGGCUAGUGUGAAUUCGGAAAAUUCAAGUUCUCCAACCCCCAUCCUGCAUGGGGAAGGUCGGGAAUUCUUGGCAGAAAGACUGGGAGUAGGGGUGGGGCGGAGAGGAAAGGUAGGGUUUGGAUUUUUCACCUCUUUUCUGGGAAAAUGGAAAAAAAAAUGUCAUUAGGUAUGGUAGAGGAAGGGGUAGCUGGGAACAAAUGGGAGCCAGUCCUUGAACAUGUAAGUAAUUAGGGUGGAACAGGGAGAGGAUCUGCCUUUGACUUGCAUGUGAUCUUUCCCCCAGAGCUGGUGGGGCUGAUCCCUCAAACUGGCUCUCCAACCGUGAAGGCAAAGGCUCAAAUUCAGUGUCACAGACUUCACAGUUUGGACUGGUAGGCAGAGAGCCAGCAUUGUGUAGAGGCCCUGGGAUCUCAGGGGGAAAGCGUGCAAGACCCAGAGAGGGGCUGUGAGAUAGGAAGUAGCCCGAUCCAAGAGGGAGAGAUGGCAUCAAUUAACUAGUCCAGAGUCUUCUCAGAAGCUCUGGGAGAAGCUAGGCAGCUGUUAUUCCUGGGUCUCUCGUUUCUUCUGGGCAGGAUUCCGACGAGGAGAUUGGGUGUGAGAGCCAGCUUAAAUGGGGAUUUUUCUAAAAGAUGCAAAUUUAUAGAAAAAAGUAGGAAUAUAAAUCCUGGAACAAGAUGUUAGUGUCUGAGAGACAAAUGCUACAUAGAGCCAGCCAGGGAGUCAUUCAGCCCUGGGGUUGGGGAGUGGGGGAGGAUUAAAUGGAAAAGACUGCUUCCAUUCUGAGGAUGAGCAAAUUAGUGACGCAGCAAAAGGGCAAAGGAGAGGAGGGGAAAGCGCCAUGGGUUUGACAUUUCUUUCUCUGGGCGAGGGAGAUUUGUUCUUUCUCUGAAACCCACAAACAAGCUGCAUCUGGUGUGGCUUCUGUCUCCCCCUGGAUUUCAAAGUGAACCAAGUGAAGGGGACGAGAUGAGGGCAGAGACAUUAGGCAACAUACCCCUUCCUGAGGCUGCACCAGGAGUCGGAGAAGAGAUGAGGAAGGGGACAGAGAAAGUGCAGGUAGAAAAUGGGAAUGCCCCAAGGAGGAACAAGGAGGAGAGGGGGCUCAUAGCUAAGGCCAUUGCCAGAGAAAACCACGUACACUAUGGGUAGGGCCCCAGCCUGUGACAGCCCCUUUUAGGGAAGUGGGCCAAGUCGAGAAGCAUUUAAGCGCCUCUGCUGCCCGGGCAGGAAGAGAGCAUAUAGAGCCAAGGGGUGCUGGAUGCCAAACACUUCACACUCACUUAAGUGACAGAAUGCCAGUCAUUUGGGCCAAGCUUUGGUUUGGAAACCUGUUUCUUUAUACCAUGUUGCUCCACUCGUGCCCAAGUCCCAUAGAUAGACGAUAUGUUUGAAUUUUAUUUUUCUACGUGGGGAUGGACCUUGCAUAUAGAAUAUGCUCUUUGCUGUUGGAGUAUCUUUCUUAUUUUUUUAUGCUAUGACUGUUAUUUAAUCCUCCAGAAGGAUACCUACUGAAGAAGACUUGGAACAGGUGGAUGGUAUUUAUAUGAUUAUAUGUUAUCUAUAAGUUAUAUAUGUAUACUGCUCUAUCAGAGCUGCUCUUCCCAUUCAGAGGCCGGUCAGCAGAGAGCUCUAUGCUCCAGCCCGGGUCAGGGGAGACAGUCUUGUGAAUGGGGGAUCCAAGUUUGCAAGGAGAAGGAAGCAGGAUGUUUUGUUUGGGGGAAGCUAAAAUUGUUUAUUAAACUGGGAAAAACCUA